AGGACGUCAAAAAAAUAACAUAAAUAAACAAAGCAGUAAAGUCAUUAAAGAUUCAGCUUACUUUUACUUUACCUCGCAACAGUUGCCCAUAAAACCCUCAGGUUUCGUUUACUUUCCUCUUCCUCUACAAACCACAAACCACAAUCAAUAAUCAAAUACAUCCUCCAAGCUCCAAGCCAGAGUAAUCCUCACUUCAUACCCAAGAACACCAAUCCAAGCGAUCCAAAAUGCCGAUGGUUUGGAACUCUGAAGCCGAUGCAAAGCUACUCCUCGGCAUAUUCAACCAGCUCAGAGACGCAAAGCUGAAGCUAGAUAUCGAUAAACUGGCCGCCUUUAUGGGUUCAGACUGUCUCCCGGGUGCCGUUCAGAACCGGCUCGUCAGGCUCAGAAAGAAAGCUGAAGAAACACCCGACGCCAAUGCCAACACUGGGAGCGAAGAAGACAAACAAGAUCCCAAUUCCCCGGGGGAAACGUCUCAGAAGCGUAAACGUGGUCGGCCACGUUCUUCGAAGAAAAAGGCCAAGACUGAGGAUAUUGCCAUUGUGAAGGAGAAAACGGAAGCGUAG